GUCUGGACUGGCUGGGGGGAGGGGGGGUUGUUGCAGUGAAGCUGUUCGCCGGCCCUGAGCAGCGGGACGGGCCGCGACCGGACAAGACAGGACGGGGCAGGACGGCAAGGCAAGGCCUGCUGGCGGCAAGCGACUCAUGCAAGCACUCAGGCGACACUCGGCCUUCGCCAGGCAGAAGGCUGGCAGUGCAGCAUCCAUGUCUGCCCAGAGAUCACCCAGUGAAGGGAGCGGCGCGUCUAACAACAGCGGCGACCAGAGGAGCAAUGUCGAACUAACUGAACUGCUGGACGAGAAACCCAAGCCGCAGGCUGGUGGGAACUCUGGGGACGGAAUGGAACUAAAGACGGACUCUGGCACACAAAAUGAGGAAGAAGAGGAAGAGGAUGUGCGAGUACUGACCCUCCCACUCCAGGCUCAUCAUGCAAUGGAGAAGAUGGAAGAGUUUGUGUACAAGGUUUGGGAGGGCCGUUGGCGAGUCAUUCCCUACGAUGUGCUCCCAGACUGGCUGAAGGACAAUGACUAUCUCCUUUAUGGACACAGGCCACCCAUGCCCUCUUUUCGAGCUUGCUUCAAGAGCAUCUUCAGAAUCCACACGGAGACCGGUAAUAUCUGGACACAUCUGGUGGGUUUUGUCUUUUUCCUGGGUCUGGGAAUCCUGACUCUUCUGAGGCCCAACAUAUACUUCAUGGCCCCUCUGCAGGAGAAGGUAGUCUUUGGGAUGUUCUUCCUGGGCGCGGUGCUCUGCCUCAGUUUCUCCUGGCUCUUCCACACGGUGUACUGCCACUCCGAGAAAGUCUCCAGGACCUUUUCCAAGUUGGACUAUUCAGGAAUUGCUUUGCUCAUUAUGGGCAGCUUUGUGCCCUGGUUGUAUUACUCUUUCUACUGCUCCCCCCAGCCCCGACUCAUCUACCUCGGGAUUGUCUGCGCUCUAGGGAUAUCAGCCAUUAUCGUUGCUCAGUGGGACCGAUUUGCGACACCUAAACACCGGCUAACCAGAGCAGGUGUAUUUCUGGGUCUUGGCCUGAGUGGUAUAGUACCCACUCUACAUUUUACCAUCGCUGAAGGUUUUGUAAAAGCAACGACUGUUGGACAGAUGGGCUGGUUUUACUUGAUGGCUGCAAUGUACAUCACGGGCGCUGGGUUGUAUGCGGCUCGCAUUCCAGAGCGUUUCUUCCCUGGAAAAUGUGAUAUUUGGUUCCAGUCACACCAGUUGUUUCAUGUCCUGGUGGUGGUUGCAGCCUUUGUUCACUUCCACGGCGUUUCCAACCUGCAGGAGUUUCGAUACGGGCUUGAAGGAGGGUGCACUGAUGAUUCUCUGCUCUGAAACCCAGGACUGCUGCACAGAAUUCUUAUCAAUGAGACCUAAAGUGCAUUGGACCGUCUCUUUCUUCAGUUUCUUUUACACAAAAAAAAUUUUGUCUCUUGUCUAUCCCUCCCUCGGAAACAGCAUUUUUAAAAAGGACAGCUUCUAUUAUCAGUGAAAUGAGCGAGACAGGCAACAGCCAGUGAGAGAGGCUGGUUGGAUGUUAGCAAGGAUGUUAUACACUGUCAAACCCCCAGUCACAGUAACUUCAUUCAGAGAGCCCCCCAAAAUGGGGCGACACAAAGGGUAACAGGAACUCCUGUUGACCAGGUCUUCCACCUGGGGAAUAAUCUUGGCCGGUGGUCAUUGGUCAAUCCAUCGGUCUAUCAGAACCCCUUACAGCUGGAGCAGAAGCAAACCUCAAUAGUACUACAACAAUUACAUCUGGAGUUCAUCCAUCACCCAUAAAGUUAAAAAUAAAAUCCUAAAAGUCUUUGCAGGAACACAAUCAAACACAAAUUGACAUUGAGCAGUACAAGGUGACAAGCGACUGGAAGGUAGGUUUUAAGGAGCAUUUAAAUUGGAUAGGGACCUACAGUGGAGAGACUUAAAUCAGUGUGCUCAAGAGCCCAAAAUUGGAAGGGCACGGAUCUGAGCUAAUUUGGGUUGGAGGGGUUUAUAGUGGUGGGGUGGGAGAGGCAUAGAGAUUUAAAAAAGAAUAGAAGGCAAGGAUUUUGAAAUCUGAUUUUGCCCAUCUGGAAGCCCAAACAGAAGCUUAAGGGUUAAGGUUGGUGGGAGUAAGAGUUUUGGUGGAAGAAUUUGAAUUACUGUGUGUGGAUGCCAGGGUUUUAAUAAAAUAAUCAAGUUUUGUCAAUCAUUGGGGAGGGAGUGGGGGAAGUUGCUCUCAGUAACAGAACUGAGGCAAGGCAGGAGCCAGGUAGAGUUUCUGAAGUGGGAGAAGCAAAUGCAUAGAAAUGUCUCAUUCAGAGUCAAAAUGACACUAAAACUGCAACAGUCUGGUACAGUCUCAGACACUUGCAAGGAAGAGGAAGGAAACUGAUGUCGUUUGGAAACUGCUGCUGCUGUUUUUCAAUUAUGUCACUGUCGAUGGACUUAGAAUAGAUCCUUAUGAGAGGGAACUCCAGAGACACCAUUGCAGUCGUAGGAAGGUAAGUUGUUGCAAAAAAUGCUUUAGCUAUGCCUAGGUGGAUUUGAAUGCAACAAACAGUUAUACGCAAUGGAGCCUUUAGAGGAAGAUAGUGUGGGAACCUAAUUAGAGAAGAGAGGUGUUCAAGAAGGAACUGCAGAUGCUGAAAAAUCGAAGGUAGACAAAAAUGCUGGAGAAACUCAGCGGGUGUGGCAGCAUCUAUGGAGCGAAGGAAAUAGGUAAAGUUUCGGACCAAAACCCUUCUUCAGACAGACCCGUCUUCAGAAAGGUUACAUUUUUCACAUUCACAUAGGAUAUAUCCUGGUAAUUGUAUGUGUCUGGAGAACUCUAUCCUAUUGAAUACUUUCAGAUCCUUUCCUUUCACGAUCUACUGAGCUGCAUUUCUUCUGCAGCUGAAAUCUGGUGGCAAGCACUGUGACUGAGUGUGGGGCGAAAAUGAAACUAGCAGAAUGGUAGCGCUGACAAUAAGGGCACUUUAUAGUAAGUGAUAUAGGUAGCACAGUAUUUAUUUAAAGGGGCUUUAAGAUUGCUUAUAUAGAUAUGUAUAUUUCUUCACAGGUAUUGUAAAUUAAUUUUCAGAGGGGAGAGUAACAAUGUACGUAGUUAGUGCUGGACCUGACAUUGAUGAAGAUAAGUAAUCUGUACCCUGCAAUAAAAAAAGAUUGGUCUAGGCCUGACUGAGUA